AUGAAUUCUUCAAACUUCUAUGGUGAAAAUGCAUGUCACCAUAAUCUAACGUUGAUUAUAGGAAGAUCAGAAGUCGAUAAUCACGGGUAUUUCACCUUGUCCUUUGAAGCGGACGUUUUGAAAGAGCGAGAGCAUUAUACUGUUGUGCUUACAUGUGGAUUAUUAUUACGUUCUUGCCCGUUAUGCUUCGUCGCUAUUUUACAUGCCUCAAAACUAGGUUCAAUCAUUGAAAAAAUAACGAAUUUGAUAAAUAGCCAAUCAAAUCUUUCUACUGUUAAAGUGAACCCGGUGAAUAGAUUACUAAAAGGUAUAACAUCCCCAACAACUAUUAAUUCCUUAUCUUCUAUUGCUUUUUCCACUUCCUCUAAUAACGAUCCAUAUAAUUUUGAUCUUUUGUGUAAUUCUCCUACUUCAUCAAUAAUUUCUAAUGAAGCUGAUCAUCAGAUGAUCAUCACCUCUACUACUACUACUACGACUACUGGUCCUACUACUGCUACUGCUGUUCUUCCUAUUCUUCCAUCUUCUUGUUGUAAUACUAUACAAUCGUCUAUCAAUAAUUUAACAUUGAAUAAUGACAAUAGUACAAUAUCAUCAAGUGAUUUAUUUUUAUUUUCAAAAUUUGAACAAAAAAAAUUUGCUGAUUUAUGUAUUAAUAUUCUUAAUAACGAGAAUGAUGAUAAUAAUCCCACCAUUAGUUCGCCCAAUUCUCCAAUUUCCUCUAAUCUUAUAUGGAAUACUACUCAUACUAUAAGUGGUAAGAAUAAGAACCACAACAACGAACGAGCAGCUAUAUCAUCAGUGACAAAGGAACAUACAAUGAACAAUAAUAAUAAUAAUAAUAAUAAUAAUAAUAAUAAUAAUAAUGCUUCAUCUGAUUAUCCUGCUGUUAAAGUUAAUUCAAAUGAAACGCCUACUAGUUUAGUAAAGCAACCAGUUCAUCCAAGAACAACAUUAAAAUGUCCGUUUUGUGAUAAAGUAUUCAGUAAUUCCAGUGCUAUCGCUAAGCAUAAGCUAACACAUAGUGAAGAACGUAAAUACAUUUGUAUUGUAUGCCAUAAAGCUUUCAAACGUCAAGAUCAUUUAAAUGGUCAUAAGUAUACACAUGAAAGUCGUAAACCACAUGCGUGUCAUUUCUGUGAUAAAUCCUAUAGUGAUUCACGUUCACUUCGACGACAUUACGAAAAUGCUCAUCCCGAAGAGAAUGAACGUUGGAUGUUAUUAUGUCAAGCAACAAAUGGUGAUACAAGUGCCUUAUCUAUCGCUGCUGCUGCUGCUGCCGCUCUACUUUCCUCAUCAGCAGCAGCAGCGGCGGCAGCUGCAGCAGCAGCGACGACAGGGCUUGAUGCUGAAUCUUCACUAUCUCGCGAUGGUGGUGGUGGUGGUGGUAAUGCUGACGGCAAUUCCGAUAAUGAUAACAACGCUUCAUCGUUAGCCAUAUUGAAUGCCUUGAGUAAUAGUACAUCGGCAUCAUCAUCAUCUUCAGCUGGCAGUACUGGCGUUGUUUCUUCUGCAAGUGUAAAUAAAUUAAUUGAAUUGGGUAAUCAAACUGGCCUAUCACCUGCUGCAUUAGUCGCUUUAGUCGCUUCUACAGGUUCUACAUCGGGUCUUUCUUCAAGCUUACAACAAUUAGAUCGUUCUAAUUCAUCGACUUGCGUAUCUAAUGGUGCCAAGUCAUCAAAACAGUCAAUAUCAUCGACUAGUCAAAAUGCUAGCGAAAAAUCUCUACGUCCAGUCGUUCGUUAUCAUCAUCGCCGCCAUCACGAUUUCAUUAAUCAUCAUACAAAUACUGUAACAAUUAAUAAUUUUUCCUUGAAUCCAAUUGAAGUAGCAAAUGCUGCCAAAGUUGCUUUACUUAUGGCACAUCCAUUAGAAGAACCAAAACGUGUAGCAUGUGCUAUCUGUGCAAAACGUUUUAAAAAUCAAUCUGCUCUAAAUGGUCAUAUGCGAUUACAUGGUGGUUAUGGACCGGCUGGUUUGAUUGGAGGGAAUAACACCUCCACCACCACGACAACGACAACAGUAACAACGACAUCACAAUCAAAUCAAACCUAUACUGCUACUACUACCAUUGGUAGCAGUAGUAAUGAUAAUCAAGAAAGUAAUAAAGCAAUACAUUUUAAUUUAUUUCAAACAAGCUCUGGUCAUAUCAAGAAAAAUAACAAUGUUUCAGAUUCCAAGAAAAAAGGCUAUUCAACAUCUAGUGAUAUAGACUCUUUGAAGUCGUUCAGUUUAAAAUCUCAUCCAAAGGGAUUUACAGCAUCACAAAAUAGUUACGACUCUGUUUUAUCAAGUAUUGUUGGAACAAAUACUAGGCCUACUACAUUUGUGAUGACUACAGCUGCUUCUUCAAAUCCUUCCACUUCGACCGAUCUGUCGACAACAAGAGCUACUAAUACAACAGUAACAUCGAAUAAUUCCAUUAAAAAUGUCAAUUCACCUAGUUCCGCUCUAUUUGACUUGGUUAAUGCAUCAUCGAAUACUCCAGAUUUGAAAAUGCAGUUGUCUAAUAGUCAUGAUCAUCGUCAUCAUCCGAUGAAUAGCAAUAUUAAUAAUGAUAAUAAUACUUGGUCAUAUCCACUUAACAAACAAAUAUUAGAAUCAUCCUAUAACACUUCAUUAAUUGAUCAUUGUUGUAAUAGCCCUAAUAUGUUAAGUCAACAGCAAAAGUCACAGUUAACAUUUGAUCAUCAAAAUGAGGCUUUAUCAAAUACUGUGGUUAGUUGUCAUCAUUGUCAACCUCAUCAGCCUCUGUCAACAUCAGCAUCUUCAACAUCUAUUUAUGAUAGCUUAUGGUUAUCACAACAUGAUGAUCAUACAUCAGGACAACAACAACUGUUUCGCAUAAAUUCGUCAGAAUUUGAUCAUAUUGUUGAUAUUAUUAAAAAAGAUACUCAUAUUACUAAUAAUACUAUUACUGAUAAUGACAGUAUUAAAAAUCGUCGUCAUGUACCAGUUGAUGAAUUAUCUAUGUUAAAAUUCGGUUCAGCAUUUUCUUCAACCUCAUUGGAAAAAACUACCACACCAGUAUCAACAACCAUAUCGAAUAGCAGUUGUUCAUUAUUAUCACGAAAUGAAGAGUUUCCUCUGACAAUAAGCACAUCGUUUCUGUCUGAAGCAUCAUGUUAA